AUGCCUGAGCGGACACCGUCAGAGAUCUUUAUUCCCAGCCCACAUCCGGGUGAGCCUAGUUCAAUCACUGGCAUUUUGGAGCAACUAGGACCUGGAAAGCCGACGGAUGGAAGGAAGCUCGCUCUGGUUCGCAUUGCUAGCCACAAGGAUUACCUUUUCCUGAAGAGACUCGCUACUACUCUACCCAUGGACACAUUUCGCUUUGACUUCCGAGGGCACUUCGAAUCACCUGGUAUCUGGCGCCCAAAUUCUUUAGAACAGGACGUUUUGGAUCUCCGUGUCGUCACAGAUUACCUUACAGCCUAUUUCGGAUAUCGUAUCGAUUUAAUAGUUGCCCACUCUCAUGGUGCGAUACUCGCCGUACACUGGUUGUGUACGACUGACGCAGGGGGCAAUGUUUCGGGCUUCGUCAAUGUGUCUGGUAGAUACCGCAUGCGAGUGGGUGCUCUUCCCCAUCACGGAGAGGGAAAUGUCAAGCUGAACAUGUUCUUCGCAGGGUAUCUACGAUCGAAAAUCUACCCUGAAGACGUAGACAAAUUCGCUAAUUUUGACGGAUCGCUGGUAGAAACCAGGUUUCCGAAAAGAACUGAUGUUCUAACAAUUCAUGGGAUGCAUGACAAGACGGUGCCGGUGUAUGACGCGGUGCUGUACGCGAAGACCCUGAGCAACCGGUCCCCGGGAACCCACUCCCUGCACCUCAUGGAACAUACGGAUCACUAUUGCAAUGGGCGGCAUGACGAGGUGAUACAGACCAUUUUGGGUUGGUGGGAUGCCCGAUUAAAAGGGAAGCUACAGUCGGGUGUCUGGAAGGGAACGUAUGAUUUAAGAGGCAAACUGUGA